UCAUGCGAGUGCACUGAAACUGGUAAUCAGACGUCAUCACGAUGCUAAGCAUGAAACCUGACGUAGACUCGAAAGGCUGUAUCCUUCUACAGAGAAGAAACACGCCAGAUUGAUGACGCGUAUUUUGUGCGCCAGAUUAGAAAUGGCAGAGAUGGCGGCGGUGAUUCCGAAGCAGGAGGCAGAAGAUGAGGAUUGUUCUUUGCUGCCCCUUGUUCAUGACAUCAUUAAAUGUAUGGACAAGGACAGCCAAGAUGUCCACCAGGAACUGAACAAACUCAAGAUGAAGAUCCAGGAGGCCAGGGAGCAGAUUUUGGCUAUGCCUGGAAUCAGCCUGAGUCCCGAACAGCAGCAACAGCAACUGCAGAACCUUAGGGAGCAGGUACGCACCAAGAACCAGCUGCUGCAGAAGUACAAGAGCCUGUGUAUGUUUGACAUCCCCAAACCCUAGAGAGGGCUGGUCGCCUUUAAAGACCUCCACUGUAGAUGCUGCCUGUGAGGGAUGCUUGUGGAAAGACCCGUUUCAAAAUCACAUGGAGAAAGACAGCCUUGUUUUUUAAAGGUAACUCGCUUGACUUGGACACAGCUCUGCAGCGAUCUGGAAGUGAUUGGGUUGGGAAGAGGCUCGAGCAAAAGACUGCUGUUCUCAAAUUGUUCGGUUGAGAUGCAUUUUUAUUAGUUAAAUAAGUUGUCGGAUGAGCUGUUAUAAUAUUUAGGAGGGAUAGGCCUUCGGUUUAUGUUUUUCAUCUACAACACGUGGUGAUGUUUAACUUCUUUUUUUUACUUUUGUAUUUAUUGCCGAGUAUAUUUGAACAAGAAAGACUGAUUUACAAUGUUUGCACAUUUGAUUCAUUUUCAUAUGCAGCGUUUUCAGAUAAUUACUCAUCGGGUAACUGAUUCAAACUUUGUUUAAUAAGGCAGUUUAUUAAAUUCUGCUUAUCAGUAAUAUCUUGUUAAAGGUUUCAUGUAAAUCAAAGUUUAGGCAGGAGGUGUAAGACGUAUAUUUGUAAUUUCAAAGAGAGCUUCAACCAGAGGGAACCAUUCCUUGUAUCUUCAGCAGUCCACAGGAAGAGAAGAGGUUUAACUAUCUUCAUGUUGCUUUUGUACAUACUGUACCUAUUGUCUGAAAUCUGGCUGCAAUUCAUCUAUGAGGUUUUAAAGAUAGCAUGGGCUAAGUAUUAUAAAAAAGCCAAAAUAUCACAUGUCUGAGAAAAGUAUACUCUGUAACAGGUUGGUGUGUCUGCAGUUUAUUUCAUUUGAUAGAGGUAGUUUGCAUUGUAGCAUUUUUUUAAAAUUUGUUGCACGUUAACAUUUACAUGAUUUAUUUGCCUGUCCCGAGCAUAUUGAAAAUACAAUUUGUGUUAAUCGAG